CGUCAUCACUCAGCGUCGGCUUGGAAGAAGCGGCUCGUGGAGUUUGCAGGAAACUUCAGGUUGCUGAAUCAUUUUGAUUGUUGAUACGAGGAUGGAUUCUCAGUAUGGGCCUGUCGCUCUGGGUAUACUGGCAGGUGUAGGCUGUGGGCUCUGCCUCGGAUGGCACCUCAGUGGGCGUUUUGGCAGAUCGUCCUGCAGCAUGAUGGCAGCUUUAGGAAACAGCGCCGGUGCUGGCAGUGAAGCCAGCGUGAUGGGCGAGAGUGGAGAGUUCAAAAUGAUCCUGGUGGUCCGAACCGAUCUGAAGAUGGGCAAAGGUAAAGUGGCGGCCCAGUGCUCCCACGCUGCCGUGUCCGCCUACAAGCAGGUCCAGCGCAGAAACCCAGAGCUCCUGAAACAGUGGGAGUACUGUGGUCAGCCCAAAGUUGUGGUCAAGGCUCCAGAUGAGGACUGUCUGCUGAAGCUGCUGUCCCACGCCAAAGAGAUCGGACUGCCGGUCAGUUUAAUCCAAGAUGCUGGAAGAACCCAAAUUGCACCAGGGUCUCGGACGGUUCUUGGCGUGGGACCGGGACCUGCUGAUCUUGUUGAUAAAGUGACUGGACACCUAAAAUUGUAUUGAUUGAUAUUAUUGGAUUAAGAUGGGACUAAUCUGGGACAGUUUGACCAAUACUUACCAUUUUUAUACAACCAGAAAUUGCGGUGAAGUUGAAUUAAAAUGGUUUAAAUAACACAUAGAUUUAUAGGUUUAACCAUUUAUUUGAAGUAAACAGUUCACCCAUUCCAUCAUUGAACAUGAGUACAUUUAUUUGGUCAUAGUAAGUCUUAUGUACAGAAAAUUAGUUAUUUGGGAAUAUAAUUUCUAUCAUAUUUCAAUCACCCCUCUCAUACCCAAUGUUUGUUCAACUUUGGUGCAGAACCCACCUCCUGUUCCCUUUUGAAUCACACAACAAUGCUUGUAUGAUAAAUUCUGUGAACAUAUGGAUUUAAAACACUGGAUUUAUGUCAAACUGGCUUCUUAAGUCAGUCUUGAGUAUUAACAUUUCUAUUUACACAAGUGAUUAAGACACAAAUUCCGUUUAUUUUAUUAAUGUCAGAAUGAAACUGUCCAGUGAGUAUGAAGGGGGAGACAUUACAAAGAUUUUUGGGGAAAGAAUACAUGGCACAAUCUGUUUUUAACCAGACUUUUCUUGACAAACAAGAAACCUUUAUUUAUAUUGUAAUCUGGGGAAAAAAUCUCAUUCUCUUUGUGCACAACCAGAUCACUACAAUAUAUGUAUGAUUAACCUCAACUCAGUGAAAACUGAGUACAGGACACACAGGGAGUUAGUUUAAUCUUAUCUUGUCUUUUUUUUUUUUUUACAAAUAAAGGGUAACUUGAGUUUAGGAAUAACUGGCAGGAUAAACUGGCUUUCUAGUCUCACUUCGGUGCCAUAGGGUGACCUAAACAUCACAACAACCAGCAUACACAUACACGCUGCAGCAGAGGUAAGGUUAGUAAAACACACAGGUGUGGAGAGCCGCAUACAUAUUUAUAUAUAUUUUAAUCAUUAUCCCUCCUCAAAUGGAUGGUCCCACACAAAGAGCAUGGGUUACUGCACAACAGAAGUUUGUUUUUCAUAUGGAAAACAAAAACGAGAACCUGCAUAGGUCAGGGAAAAGGUUUGAAGUUACUGUAUUAAUACAUCUUUAUGCAUUUAAAAUAACCUUUUUUUUAAUAUAUUUCAAGAGCUACGCACCCCCAUUGAAUUACUGGUAUUGAGUAGUGUUUGUUUGUGUUGGCGGUAGUCGCACGUUUUCCUCGAUUUUCUUUUCUUUCCUGGAAUAUACAAUAUUAAAUGCUGACAGACUGGACAAGCUGUUCACACACAUCAAAAUGAUACAUUAAUUGUUUUUCUCUGACUACGGAGUGCAAAUCCGAUUUUGUUUUGUCAUUUUAAAUCACGCUGACUUGCUUCUUCCACAAGCCUCCUCAUUGUAGACACCAUUCCCCUUUUAUUGACAGAUAAAAUUGACAGGAAAAUCUAAUCUAGUAAGUAUUUGUAAUGUGAAAAAAAUCAUUCUUGAUGAAAUCUUUGACGAUAUAGAAAUAAAGUCCUUCAUGAUGGUAUAAAGAAAACACGAUAAACAAACGUGAUCAUUUAAAAAAAAAGAAAAAGGUAAAG